UCUUCCGGGUUUAAGGGUUUAGGCUCCCGGGUUGCCGGGGUCAGAAGGAGAGGGGAUUCCUAUUCUGGGACAGCUGGGACGCCUGGGGGUGCUGGGCGCCUUUCGUGUAGCCCCCCGAGCAGUGAGUUUCUUCUCCGGGGGGAAGGGAUCCGAGGGCUGCGUACAGGAGAAGCGAAAGGUGCGCCGCCCAGGCUGCAAUGCCCGUCCCGGACAGGGGAGUCGCCCCCGUGAGGGGCGAAGGCCCGGCAUCUCCCGCCGCACCGACCACCGCGCCUCCCUCGCCUGCAGCGUCCCUCGAAGGGCCUUGUCGACUGGAGACCUCUGUUUUCCUGGAACCUCACGCUGAAGUCCACCCCAGCCCGUGCUCCCUGGCAAUGCUUCUUCAAGAUAAGCUUCAGGAUUUUUGAUCCCUAACUUGGCUGUGACCAUUGUGAUGGAGCAAGAGCAAAAACUUUUGGUCUCAGAUCCUUAUGGCUUCACCGAGAGGGAGAGUUUGAAAAACAUUUUUACAGGAGAAGAAAGUAAGAAUAAUUUGGAAACUGUUCAUCACAAUAACUCUAAGGCAGAUAAAGAGAGAACUUCAAAAUGGUCUAAAAAUGAUGGCCCCCACAGUUAUAAGCAUGAGGACACAAAAGAAAUGCCAUUGAUAUGGUCCCAAGCUGGUAAGAUUGAGUGUGAUGAUUUCUGUGGGAAUGAUGGCAACUCAGAGAAUCAGGAAAAUUCUACAGGAAAAGAGGAGGAAGAACACAGUCAGUGGGGAUGGGACCCAGGAGAACACACCAGGACCUCUGUCCAGCAGAAUACAUCCUUUGGGGACAAACCCUACAAAUGUUCUGAAUGUUGGAAAAGCUUCAAUAACAGCUCUCAUCUGCGAACUCACCAGAGGACCCACUCAGGAGAAAAACCUUAUAAAUGUUCUGAGUGUGGGAAAUGCUUCAGUAACAGCUCUCACCUGAUCCAGCACCUGAGAACACACACAGGCGAGAAGCCAUACCAAUGUGGCAAAUGUGAGAAAAGCUUCAGCAACACCUCCCAUCUUAUUAUCCAUGAAAGAACUCACACGGGAGAGAAACCCUACAAAUGUCCUGAGUGUGGGAAGAGUUUCAGUAGCAGCUCGCACCUUAUUCAGCAUCACAGAUCCCAUACAGGUGAGAAACCGUACGAAUGUCCAGUUUGUGGGAAAUGCUUCAGCCACAGUUAUGUCCUAGUAGAACAUCAGAGGACCCACACAGGAGAAAAACCUUAUAAGUGCCCCGAGUGUGGGAAGAGUUUUAGUCAGAGUUCUAGUCUAAUUCGCCACCAGCGGACACACACAGGUGAGAAGCCCUACAAGUGUCCUGAGUGUGGAAAAAGCUUUGGUUGUAAUUCUACUCUAAUAAAGCAUCAGAGAACACAUACAGGAGAAAAACCCUAUCAGUGUACCGAAUGUGGGAAGAAUUUCAGUCGAAGUUCAAACCUUAUUACACACCAGAAAGCACACACAGGUGAGAAAUCCUAUGAAAGUUCUGAAUAUGAAGAAAGUUUGAGUCUGAACUGCAGUGUGAUAGAAGAAGGCAGACUCCAGCUAGGAGAGAAACCAUAUAAAUGUUGUGAAUGUGGAAAGAGUUUUGGUCUCAGCUCCCAUCUCAUUAGACAUCAGAGAACACACACAGGAGAAAAACCUUACAGAUGUUCUGAGUGUUGGAAAACUUUUAGUCAGAGUUCCACCUUGGUGAUUCACCAAAGGACACACACAGGAGAGAAACCUUAUAAAUGUCCUGAUUGUGGUGAGUGCUUCAGUCAAAGCUUUAACCUUAUCAGGCACCGGAGGACCCACAUAGGAGAAAAACCUUACAAAUGCACUGAGUGUGAGAAAUGCUUCAGCAGAAGUGCCUACCUCAGUCAGCAUCGGAAAAUUCACAUAGCAAAGUCUUUUGUGGAGUUCCCUUUGUGGCGCAUUGGAAACGAAUCUGACUAGGAACCAUGAGGAUGUGGGUUCAAUCCCUGGCCUCACUCAGUGGAUCGGGGAUCCAGCAUUGCCGUGUAG